UUUUCCAGUUUGCUUUUCAAGCAGCAGCAGCCAGGCUCUUAUGCAACACUGCCUAUCACCUCCACAUAUUUCCACUGUUAGCACUGGGAAGAGAGCUGAAACAUGGAAACAAUUCAAUAGGUCCAGUGUGAGUGUGGAGGCCCAGACAUUUCCCCACAGACCAAUCCAUCAGCAGAGGCCUGAGAGAAAGUCACAGUAAACUUUUUAAGAGGAGUGCCUCACAUGUGACAUCACAGAAACUCGAAACCAUCAUUUUCAGACGCCCUCCCUCCUCCACGCCUGCCACUGCUGCUGCUGCUCCAACAUUUGCUCCUCGCUCCCCCCUCUCCAAACCUCUCCCUCUGCUUCUCUGCUGGGCUCCAAAAACAGGACAGAGUUCCCGUCCUCCCAGACCCAAGCUGCACCUCUGAUCCAGGACGAGCUUGCUUGCAGGUUACCCCACUCUUUCCAGGACUCAGCUGAGCUUGUUGCAGCAGGUAAGAGACGCCUUUCUGCAUGCCUUUGUGCCUGAGCUGGAGUUUCUGCUGCCACGUGGGUGAGACACUGGAGUAGAGUCUGCUCAGGAAGAGAGAGGGACCAUGGGAGAGGAGAGCAGAUAGAGCUCAGAGGCUUUUAAUUUGAAAGGACUGUUAGACUCAUUCAGAUCUGCAGAUGUUUGCAGCAUUUUUUUACAGUUCGCUUACAUUUAUUUAUUCAACAUUGACUUAAACUUCAUUUCAAUCUUAAAAAAAACACCUAAAGCAUGGUUAUUUGAUGUCAUUUCAAGUAAUAUCAUCUUUUUAAGUGUCUUUUAGCUUGUAAGUAUAAAAUUUCAAAUGCAUUUCUGUGUAAAAUAAGUGCAGCAUUAAAAGAUUUUGCUCCAGUUUUUGCAAAAAUGAAAUCGCCUCAUUAUUUUGUCUUAGUUAAACUGAACAUUUGAGUGUUUAUAAAAUUCUGAACAACAGGCCUUAGUUUGUUCGCAUUUUCAGAUUUUAAGAGAGAAAUAAAGAGCCAAACAACAACAAAAGCGAACAGUUAAGGCUUUAUCUGUUACUGAGGAGGACAGACGCUCAGCAGUUGCUCACUUUUGAGGGACUUUCUGCGAUUGCAUAUGUAAAAAAAGACGAAAAACUUUUGAGGGAAGGUGACAGGAUUACAUAAGCCAAAUAUAUCCUCGCAGUCCACGGUUGGGAAAACAGGGCAGGGCCUCACUCAGGCACACAUUGUACACUAUAUGAGCUCCUCUUUCCUCACUGUGUGGUGGUUUCUAUAAACUGAUCAUGCCUGAUGAAAACACUGUCUGUGUCUGUGAUUUCCAGCCUGUCAGAUACUUUACAGACUCUUUGCCGUCUUGAAAAGAUGCUUCCAGACGCUGUGUUUACAGUCCAGGCGUUACGACGUGUGUAAAUGUCCAGAUUUAACAUAUCGCAUGUUGAUCGAUGAGCUUUUGAGGAAUCGGUAGUUUUAGUUUUAAAUUCUGGAGAGAGUAAAAGCAGCUGUUACCACCUGAUCAGUCUUUAUGCUAAGCUAAAGCUACUUGGGGCAGCAAUCUGGAGAAUUUUCAAUGAAAUUUGAGUCUUUCAGAGCAGAGGUCCUCCAACAUUUAAGCCCACAGCCUUCAAAGUAACAGGGCCAGACUACACUGGAGAUUCUCACAGCACUGAUUGACCAAUCCAGACACAGACGUACUGACUUUCAAAUGCAAACCUUUUUUUUUUUUUUUAAAUGGCCGCUCAGAUAAUUUGUAAAAUAAUGUAAUAAAAGGCAAUUGUAAAGUUUAAAGCACAAAUGUGGAACUUUUGACUCAAUGCCUCAAUAAACAUUGUCGUUACUCACCACUUUUCUCUAUAAUUAAAUGAUAAAUUUUCUUUUCUCAAGUCCAGCAAACUGAGGUUGUGUAGAUAUAUGUUUGUCUCAGUAGUGUUGCCAUACUUAUAUGUCGCAGGAUUAAGAGUGUGCUACACAAUUGCGUAGCUAGAAAGUUCUUGGAUGUACUGAACAACAUUUUCUUUGUUUCUGUUAUUGCUCCUGUUGUUAUGGAGAUACAGUGCUGGAAUUUAAAAAUGUGAAUCACUUCAGGGUCAUCCAGCAAAAAUUAAAAGCAGAAAACUGAUGGUACAUUUUGGUUCACGACAAAAACUCAAAUCUAAACAAUAAAAUUAUGUGAAGAUGGUGGUUUAAUUUGACAUAGAACCAUGUAAAUCCUGCAAAAACUCAAAUUUAGUGAGUAUUCUUGUCCUAAUUCUUGUGUUAAGUGUCUUUUAACUAAAGCUAAAUUUACCAGGCAAAUGCAGAAUAAUAUAUUUUUUCAAGCUAUGCAUGUUGAAAUAAGACCUGCAUUAAACACAUGAAAAAAGGAAUCUGCCAAUACACUUAGAGAAUAAACUGUUCGAGUUUUUGUAGCACGAAAACAUCUUAUUUCAAGAACUUAACGAGUACAUUUAUGUUUUUUAUUUCAGCUGCAGAUUAUUUUUGUUUAUUACAAGCAAUUUAGAUCUCAUUUUGGUGUGUAACAUCCCAACAUGAGACAUUUUUCUAGUAUGGCCAGGUGAAUUUGGCUUAAAGCGGGCCUGAAUAGACACUCUCUACUAGAAUUAAAAACAUAGGACUCGCUCAAAUUUGGGUUUUUACAGAGUUUGCAUGGUUUCAUUUUUGAUUUAACCACUCUUUUACAUUCAUUACUGGUAACCACUGUAAAAGACGACAAUCUUCUCCUGAAGAAGAUGUUAGAAAAACGACUAAGCCAGUGGUUUAUUUUGCAUUAUUGUUGUAUUUUGCAGGGUCCAAAGUUUGGAGUUAGAUUGAGCAUUUUGGUAGUACUUAGUUUGUAAUGAAUCUUGGGUGGACACAGUGGUUUGUUUUCUCUGGUUUUUGGUAUAAGUUGUGUGUUGUAAUAUACUGUAAUACUAUGAUAAAAAAGAAAUCAAAUUUGACCUUAAGAGACCUUCAUGACAGUCACAGAGGAGGAUCUUUGUUAGACUGAUGUUGAAAACACACCUGUAGUUUUUACUCAUAGGCAUAACUGCCAUCUAAAUGUUGGAAAUAAAAGCCACAAAACGGCAAAAUUCAAACAUACAUGGGGGGUGACAUCCAUUCUUACUUAGUGGUUUUGGGAUGAGAAUUAGAAACUCUAAAAUGAAAGACUUUUCUCAUCCCAUCUUUUCAGAGUUUAAUCCUUAACUACUGCAUGUUUUUGUUGUUUUUUUACCCCUCCUGGUCUCCACGCUGGGCAGAUUUGUACGUUCUAUUGUAAAUCGAAAGUUCAAAUAACAUCCAUGUUUGAUUUUGUGUUGCAUGAAUGCUGUUUGCUCAGUGAAAGCACGUGUUUCUGCACAGAGUUUGGCACAAGUAGAUGUUUCUGUUUACAGUCGUAAUCGUAUCUUUGGUCAGAAAAAAGUUGGCAUGAGACUCUUGAAGCUGAUUGGUGGACAGGGCGGGCGGGUGAACCUUCAAUCAAUCAGUUAGAAAGUGACAGUUGAGCCAACGGAGACACUCUGACUUUUUCAUGAUUAAAUGACUUUUUUAAUCUUUCAUGUCUCAAAUAACCUCCAAAUUUAACUUUAUUUUUUAAAAUGUGGAGAUUUAGAGCAUCAGUGUUUUGGUCUUAUUGGUUUAUUUGCUUUUAUUGUUUGCUUUUCUUUUUUAUGUCUUCUUUUCUGAUGACCAUCUUUAUUUAAAACAUUUUGAGCUUUAUGUUUUUUUGGCACUUUUCAUUAAAAAAAAGUCUGAUUGAUGACCAGCCUCUAACUAUACAUUAUCCUGCUUAUUACCCAACCACAGACUUAAAAAUGAACAAGUUUAUACAUGAUAUUGAUGGAAAGAUAAAUCUUUUCAUUGAAAAAAUAAUUCAUUCAUGCAGCUACAAGAAUAGACUCUCUGACCCAACAGUAUCAUUAAAACUUGACAUUUUCAUUCAGGGUCAAGUUCGAACAGGAUUGUGUUUAUUUGUUCUUAUUAACAUGAAAGUGAACAUUUCCAUGACCAGGACUUCUACAGGAAUAUUUAUGUUGAUAUGUCUGUCCUUAUUUAGUUGACAAACCUUUAAACUUAACUUUAAACUUUAAAUAGUGCUGCUUUUAUCACUGCCACUCAUAGUUUGAGUUACUUUGAUUUGAGAGAUGCUCUCACUGGCUCUGUUCAAGUGCACGGUUUGCAGGACAGGAUGUUGCUCCUCUUUUCUGUUUCAGGGAUGGUUGGGAUGCAGUAACUCCUCAGGCCACUCCCAUAUCUGUCUUUUUUAUCGCUUUAAUACCAGCCUGAGACAGACACUGAGGUUUUUGCCACAUAGUUAACAGGCAGAAGAGAAAUGUGCCAAACUUUUCUGGAGACUAUUUUGAUAAGUUAUUAUGGGGAUUUGACCAAUCUGAAUCAAGUAUUUAACACAGCUGGGUAAGACAUGCAAAUAGUUUGUAUACAAGAAAUGAAAAUAAGUUUGCACUUUCGAUGAAUAUAACACAACUAUGGUUGAUAUGAGUAUACCAUCACUGACUGGACUAGACUGGACUGGACUGGACUGGAUGCAGCUUUCACUCUGGGAAACCUGAUUAUUCCUUGUUGUGCAGAGGCAGCAGCGUGAGAUGUGAAGUCUAUGUGCUCAGGGACAGUAUUUACAAACACGCACUGAAUGUCAAAGUCUGAGGAAUCAGCUCAGUCAUGUUUGAGCAGGGAGGUCAUUCUCAGCUGUUAUCACUGAGGCCUGCAGGGAGUUGAUACACACAACCCGAGCCACACAGACCCGGGCCGCUCUCCAGCCCCUUAUCUGCAGAGCCACGUUGCUUUUAGCUGAGCUUUGAGAAAUGUUUUGGCACAAGUUGGACCUGUUAGCCGGUCUCUCUGUUUUUAUUUGUGAAGUGCAAUGUGCAAUAGCAUAAUCUGCCCAUUUAGCUGAAUAAUAAUUAUAUUUAAGUGGCAUAGUUAUAAAAUUCAAAAGCCAAUUGAUGUUUUUAGUCUAAAAUUAAAAACUUUUGUAACUUUUGUGUAGUAUUUUAAGGCUGAUGAUGAACAUAAAGAUUCCAAAAUGAGUCCUGAUUUAAAGGUUAAAGAUGUUGAAGCCAUACCUACAAGCUUUGGAUGCUCAGUUUUAACAGCAGAUCACCAGGUUACAGGACUAAAUCAGCCUAAAAAAUCUUUAAAUUUCAGAUUUGGUUAUAUUUUGGUGCGGUGAAGACCUCUCAUCUGAAUUUGUGUUUGUAAUAUUUAUUUUGUGCGACUGUCCAUAGAGGAAAAUGAAAUUGACACCAGCCUACCAAGUGGUAGUCUUCUGCAUAUGGAGACUAAAUUUGCCAGUUUUAAGACAAAUUAUCAAUUAAAACACUGAAGCCAUGUUUUAGACCAGGGGUUCCCUAAGUUUUCAGCUUGCAACCUCCAUAUUAACAUAACUGUCGACUAUAGACGCCCCUUGUGCCUUAUGCUUAAAUGGUGCUCACAGCUGCACUUAAACAUAAAUAAACAAGUUCAAAAACAGAAAUCAAAGAAACUUCUGCAAAACAACAACCAUAGCAUUACUUUGCAGUAAUGUUUAACAGCUAGAAGCAGAAAAAUAGUUAUCUUCGUGUUCAGGCUUCAGCAUUGAUAGGACGUACAAUAUAAGCAGGUGAGUCUGUCUGCACGUGUGAGUUUCAUGUUAGUUUCAAGCCUGUGACACUUCUUGCCUCUAUCUUGCCUCUGUGGUAAUUUGGCAGGAAAAAAAACAUCCAAAAUCUUAAGGAAUCUUCGAUUAUAUGCAUGAUUUAUUUCAAUUUCGACCAAAUUUUUUUCAUAUCUGAGAAUUUUGUGUGUUUUUAUGACCUACUGGAUCAUCCUACCAGUUCACUUACUUCCCUUCAAGCAGCUGCUUUUUAUUCCUGUUUCCAUAAGAAUAAAUAAAGAAGUUGUAUGGUAUGGUUCAGGGCCUCCGCACACUUCAUGACCAGUUUGUCCAUUUUCCAGAUGAAAGAACCUCCUUAUGAACCUUUGUGAACCUACAGAGCAUGCUCAGAAAAGUCUGUCUCUGUUUGGGCCUGACGUCUUAUUGGCCUCCUUAGACACAUAAAUUAUUCAAUCCCAUGAUUCUUCUUCUUUUUUCAGAAACAGCUUAGGAAAAUUGAUCUAAUUGUGGGAUCAUGAUAUACCAGCUGCUCCUUUUCAAAAUGAUUCCAUAAAUGACUCUUUUGACCCUAAAAUAUCAUGUGAAACAGCGGCACUAAGUUUUGCUUUUCUGCUAAAUUCUGCUAAAGCUUGGGGAAAACUUUUUUGGCUCAUCAGUUUUUGACUUUUUUUUUUCGAUUGUUAAUCAAGCCUUGUCAUUGCUUACCUUCACUAUUACAAACAGGUGCAUCAUACUUUGAUGUACAUGCUUUCCCAACACAUCCACACCUAUUAUUUGGCAGGUCUUUUCUAAAUGUGUUACCCAAGCCUGUAUACAUUUAGGUGAUGAUAUUUCUCUGUUUUAUUGAGGCCUCUUUCUGCCCGCCACAACAGUCACUGUGUCAAGUUUGGUAAUCACAGUCAUAAAAUUAUGCCAUGACUUGACCGCAAGACAUGACAGACUACACACUCGUUUACAGCUACACACCACAACCAUCAAGAGGACUUUGAUCGAUAGACGAACCAGAUAAGAUAACGCUCAACAGCAGUUAAUCACCCGAUUGCCUAAGUGUGCCCACUAUCUCCCCCAAAUGUGUCUCUUUUCUCAGUCCGCGGUGUUCAUCUCGUCCCUCAACAACACCUCUCAGAGAUAGAAGAAGUGUUGAAGCCAGGGCUUAAUAAGCUAUUUCUUAUAGUCAUAUAAGAUAAAGAUAAGAUAUAAGAUAAAUCGCCAGAAUCCUUAGUUGAAAGGAUCGUGGCAUGAUCCUUUCAACUAAGGAAAAAAACUUGUUUUCUUAAAAAAGUGACAUAGGCCAUUAUUUUAAUAGGAUGACGUCAUGGUUAUGACUUUUGCAUAAAAGAACUCUGUGCUCUUACUGGUCAACACCACUAUCGUCGUGGGAAAAAUCAUAGUUGGCAAAGACUAACAUUACACAUGCUAGACUGUCUGUCGGGAGGUUAGGAGCUGUCACAGACCUGUCUGUGGCUGCUGUUCCCUUGUAUACAUGCACUUACUAAACCAAAAAAGGGUCAUUUUUAGACCAAUAAUAAAUACGUUUACAGUUCAGGGCUUUCAUUGCACCAACUGAACAGGAAGUGGGUUUUGGGGAUGGCAGGAGGGUGUACUCUAGCUAUUUGCCAGGAGGUUAAAGGCCUGCCUCUAGUAGGCUCAAGUCGAGUCAGCAUUACCAGUGUAGCAACAGCUGUGGUGGGCUUUUAAAACUCCACAAACAGAUGGGUGGUGUCACCAACACUGCAUAGAUUCGUUGGAAAGUCUAUGGCUGGAACAGAGUUUCAUCAGCUUCCUAUUUACAGGUUGUACCCAGAAACAGCAUAAUAUUGGUGUCCCAGUGUGUAGUUACACGCUAGAUUACAAGCUUAAGAUGCCCAGCAUGAUAACGCACAGGUGAAGCACCACAUACAUACACACAUAUUCAUGUACAUGCAGUUCUGUUUUGAGGCUAUGCUUCAUCACUUUCUUCUUACUAAACUAAUCCUGUAGCUUUGCUAAAGCUCAUACUGUGUUGUGCUUUGUGUUUGUGUUUUCUUCAAUUUGCUAGACGUCUCUUUCACUCAGCUUGUUGUGUCGUUUAAAUUUUCUUUUCUAGUUUCUGUUUCUACCUUCAGAAAGAGUGCAGACAUGUGGAGGAAAUAGAAUAAAGACAGAUGCCUCCAUUUUCAUCUGUUAAAACACAAUGCAAAAAAAUUUAGCCCUAAAUUUAAUUCAACCCCAACCAGAGAGAAAUGAUCAGUGUGAGUGUUUGCAUGGAUACACCAGCCCUUCUGAUUCUGAUUACUUGUGCUCCAUGUAAACAAAGCAGCGAAGAGCGUCACAAAACCCUCACUGGGAUACUCAAGUGUCUUAAUAACCAUGACAGAGAAUUUAUAAUGAAAACUUAUCAGUUUAGUUUCAGAGUCAAUCAAAUAAAUCUGCGCAUAUUCAGAGGCCUGUGAACAGACUUAGUUCAGCCGGAGGCAUCUCUGCCAGAUGAUGAUUUUUUUUCUACUCUAGUUUGGACCUCUCUGCGUCAUUUCUGCACAGUACAAACAUUACAAAAUGAUACCUCGUGUGUGAGCCAAUAUUGUGGAAGUGUUUGACCCGAGGAGUCCUGGGGAUGAAUGCUGCAGUGUUUGUUGUUUGGCUCUUCUGUUGGUACAUUCAGACCCGACAGACACAUGGAGAGGAGUGUGUUUCUCAUGUGUACUUUGAUACUCGUGACUCUUACAGGGUUAACAGAGCUGCUGAACUCCAAUUUUCUCUCUCUCUUGGUUGGUUGGCUGACGGCUGAGUCAUAAAUCUUUGAUACAGUACAAAUUACAGAAACAGAUGAUCCACUAAUCAAAUACAAUCCUUAAACUCUACAGAUUUCUUUGGUACCCAGAAGUAAGGACGUCAAAAUAACUACUUUAAACAGCUUCAAUAAUGUUUGUUUUGACUGAUAAGUAGAUUUUUUUAAAGCUCUUUUCAUUUUUAAAGUAUAAAACUGGCUGCACGGUGAAAUGUUGAGUAUCAAAUCACGAUAAUGUCUUUUACUGAGUUGUUAAUAAAUGUGGCAAUACCUACAGUCUAACGAACAGUCGCAUACAUAAAAUUGGAGCACAUAAAUAAUAAUUAUUAUCCUCCAUAAAAUCUUAAUGAUAGCUUGGGAUGACGUGGAGUGCUGCAGAGAUUCUUCAUCUCAAUUUACCUGGGUAGAAAAGGGUUAAAUAAAAAUCAUAAAUGAUGAAUAACAGCAAGUUCACACUCAAAUAAUGUAAAUUGUGUCUUAUGUAUAAAUAAAAAGUACAAUAUAAAGUGGCAAUCAGGACCAAAUUUUGCAUGGUGUUAGUCCUGGCAGGACAUAAAGUCCCAGCUUGUAUGACUUCACCAGAGUCAUAUGUAUUGUCACUGAUGCCUGCUUUGUCCCAUACCUUGAGGCCUUUGCUGUUGCUCUACCUGCCUCAGCUUUAGAUAUAUGCACAUCUAAGAGAGGGAAAGUGUGCUCUCCCUGCCUCAGGGUUUGUCAUCCCAUGUAUGCAUGUGGAAGGGCAGGGAGCUCUCAGAACAGCGACAUAACUCGUUCCCUGCAAAUUAUAUAUAUUUUUUAAUUUAAUGCGAUAAACUGUACAGUAUGGCACAUUACAAUAUGAAUGUAAUGCAGUAUGAUAUGGGGUAGCAAAAGUAAAUUGAAUAAAAAGUAGAAAAUGCAUUUAUGUUAUGAAGUAGAAAUAUGAUUAGCUUCGAAUAUGAAUGAAUAUAUUUGUUGUGUAUUUUCUGGGUAAUCUAAGAAGAUGCAAUGUAAAUAAAUAACAGUAGGUUUUAUAAUCUUAUCACUCUGGAACAAAGAGAAACCACCUCACAGUUCUUGUGGUCAUGCUUCUGCACCACAGUACAUACAAACAGCCAGCAAACAAUGAUUUAACCCCAGUGUUUUUCACUCUGACGAAUAUGCAUGACCCACAAAGAUUUUAAAUGUACAUAAAGCCGAGGUAAAUGAGUCCUAUUAUUGUUGGCGAUCUAAACCUCUUUGUUUUUAUCUCCCUUUUUCAGAUUUAACUUCCUGUAACUUUACAUCCACAUAAAGAACCAAGUCAUCCUAUGUGUCUGUCAUAAGUAUGGAGAUGGAGAAAGUGGCAAAUGGAAACCACCACCAUGACGUUGAAGUGCCUCUGGAGGGAGGGUAUGUCUCCUUUGUGUGUUCAUGAUGGGACUUUUUGGUAAACUUGUAAUGUUUAAGCUAAAAAAUCGUAGUGUUUCAUAUUUGUUUAUGUCGUUUAUCACAGAAUCCCACCUGAAGAGGAAAAGUUCCUGCAACACAAGAGUGAUGGAUCGAAGCACACUCAGUUCACAGACGUGAGUAUGGCAGAGAGACAGUUAAAAUAAAAAAACUGGUGCUUGCUGGUUUGAUUGGCAACAUAGUGUGUCCCUUGUUGUUGUUGUAGUUCAUUUUGAGAAAGUAAAAUCCAAGUAUUGAGCAUGGUGGACAGUGAGGAAUCUCAAACAAGUCAACUAUAUCAUAAGUUUGGUUUAUUUUUCUCUAUCAAUCUGAGGAUGGUGCUCAGCUUUGGCUUGGCAUCAAACAAAAUGGACCAAGGACGUCCAAGGAAAAUACAUACGAGAAUUUUUUUCAAGGGGAGGUUUUAUUCAGGCCUUUAUUUUAGUGUCGUUGUGCAGAGCAAAAGCUGAGACUUAAUGUAAAGACCAAUGUAGUUUAUAAACUUCAAAAGGCUCUAAUUGGAGCCAAAACUUGUUUUUUAACUAAAAAAUGAAUUUAAUCAGUCUUCUGCGAUGCUAAAUAUUGUUGCACAGCCUUUUGUGCAGAUGCAUAUAGCAAGUUGCAAGUGUUACACAAGUUACAAGAUAACUUUCUUCACAGAAAUAUUGAAAGACAGUUUGUUUCAACCCUGAUUACCUCCUGUCUCAGAGUGAGGUGUACCAACAGGAGGUACUUAGGAUGUUGUUGUCGACUAUCAUGUGCUAAAACAAAUGGAAAAAUGUUAGAGGUGGAUUAUAGACAUAUAUCUAAAGAACUGGUGGUUGUUAUCAUCGCUGACUGGUUCUAAUGUCACCAACCUGGUUCCUGUAAUCCAGCUGUUGUUGUGUUGAUGGCAUGAGUUGUCAUUUGCUCCACUCACAAAUGUAUCAACAGAUAAAUAUUAAUAGAAAAAUCAAAGAAAAAGUAAAUAUGUAAAAGUAAUUACAUACAUGAGUUAAGUUGGAUUUUAUCUCAGAAGUAGUCAAGUGUUAAAAACUUCUUAGACAAGAACAGGACUAAAUCAUCAAAGAUAAAAAAAACAAAAAGUACCACUUCAUACACAGGGGACACUAAAAGUGUCACAAGCCAAAAGUUCCACCAGAUGCUGUAAUGUACAAUAGUUGCUGCAUAUGAAUCAAAGUUAAUAUUCAACUCUUUUUUUGUCCAGUUUGAGGGUAAAACCUCUUUUGGGAUGUCCGUCUUCAACCUGAGUAAUGCCAUCAUGGGAAGCGGUAUCCUGGGUUUGUCGUAUGCCAUGUCAAAUACUGGCAUCGUUCUCUUCCUGUGAGUAAUACAAGUACACACACUGUGGUACACAGAGUCCAACUAAACAUGACACACACCUUCACCCAUACAUAGUCAGCAUGCAGUUCCUGAAAAUGACAGACGGUCCACAAACAGAUACACGAGGAGACAAGGUCCAUGUUACAUAACAUACCAAAAUCACUUAGGUCAGAUUCAGAAGUGACACAAACCCUGAAAGUUACCGAAAGGCUAAACAGUAUUAUCUAAUGUUUAGGCAGUAUUAUCUAAUUAGAUAAUUAGAUAAUACUGUUUAGCCUUUUGGUAACUUUUGAUAAUCCUGUCAUAGAUAAUGAUAUAUCAUUUUUUAUAACUUAAGAUGGACAGAACAAUUUGGGGCGCUUAAGACAGACUGCCUCCUAAAUUAGAGUCUGGUGUAAUUUCAAUCCAUCCAACACCUGAAAAGCUAAAUUCCAUUUGAUUCAACCCUCAGGGGCGUUUCUGUUUAUGGCUCAAUAUUGUGACAUUGCAUAUGGACGGCUGUCUGAAGAUUAAAAUUUGAUCAUAAUCUCAUAAUAUGACAUUUAUACACUUACCUCACACAGGGCACCAAAAUAAUUUGUAGUGAUUUUAAUUUAUGGUAAAUGUCAUAUGUUGAGAUUAUUAACAAAUAUUAAUCUUCAGACAUUUAUUUAAAUCACUUCAGGCAAAUGGAAGCUAAUCUUAUUGAAUGUUUUUCAUCUGUAGACAGAUAUUUAGUUCUGCGCUGCUCAAACAAAAAGCCAAAAAAAAAGGCUCAGGGGUUUGGCCACGCGUCAUCCUAUCCACAUGUCAAAGCACCCCUGGACAGGAAACUUGACCCAACUUGACUCUGCUAUGUAGGAUCAAUUAAAACUGAUGGGGGCUUGACAUAACAGCCUCUGUCAUCAGUGUAUGAAAGUAGUGUGCAAGGGUGACUCUGAAUUGUCAGAAGACUGAAGAAAGUGCUAUAUAAAUAUUGUCUAUUUAUCUUUUAAGGCUUAGGUUAUAUGGCAGCAUCCUUGAACCAUUUACUGUAGAUUAAUAAGGAUAAUUGUGUUGGUGGACCUUUUUUUCAGUUUGCUAUCCUUGGACUCAGUGGAAAAAAAGUGAAACUACCCCUCACUUUUCUUCAACUUUUACAGGAUCUUGUUGAUGUGUAUCGCCUGCUUAUCCUGUUAUUCCAUCCAUCUGCUGCUGACCAGUGCAGGAGUUGUGGGUAAGGCUUCAGGAAAUUUUGAAAAUCUUGCUGUAAUUCUUAGAGAAAUUGUCUCUGUAUCGUUUUUUCCUCUUUUACAUAUCACAGCAUUUUUUAUUGAUAGAUACUCAAAUGCAUGCAACGUCAAAGAUUAAUUUGCCAGCAAGGACUACGAUGGAUAUCUCUUUCUUGUCCUUCAUUUCUUAGUGUAUUUCAUUUUUUGGUAGUGGUUGUGCACAGGUGUUUGAUUGUUGCAAACAUUGCUUUUUGCCUUUUCUCUCUCUAGGUAUUCGUGCGUACGAGCAGCUAGGACUGCGAGCUUUCGGUCAUCCUGGGAAAAUUCUCGCAGCAGUCAUCAUAACACUACACAACAUAGGAGGUGAGAUUCUGACAUCCUGGUGUGGUAUUUGUACAUCUGUGUCAUAUGAGUGGGUGGCGAAGACGCAUCUUGCCGAUGGAACCAAAUGUGUCAGGAAACCACAGUUUUCAGGAAACGUUGGCAGAUGUAGACUUAAGACUGGCUCUGUUUUCUUCCCUUGCAGCCAUGUCAAGCUACCUGUUCAUUGUCAAAUCUGAGCUGCCACUGGUAAUCCAGGCUUUUCUCGGCCAGACGUCCACCUCCAAGUGAGUGCUGACGAAAACUUUUUCAGUGUCAAGAGUUUUUACAGUGUAGAUUAUCAAGCCAGCGAUGGAAGUGGCGUUUUGCUCCAUUCAUCUACACAAGGCUCCCUGUGUUUAUUCUUCUCUUAAUGGGGGUGACAACCAUGCAGAGCCACCGCUGUCCCCCGACUACAAACCAAUGAGUUACACGUCAUUACCGUAUGCUUAUUUUAAACAUAGGAUCUUUGUCCUGCUCAGUUUUACAUCCUCUAUCAGUGGUUAAACUUGUAGUAGUUGGGUUUGACUCUAUUUGUUUGAUUUUACUGUAUGUGUGAUGUCUUGUUUUCUCCCCUUAGUGACUGGUUCAUGAAUGGAAACUACCUCAUCAUCAUCGUCACUGUAUGCAUCAUCCUCCCUCUCACCCUGAUGAAACACCUUGGUACUACACAUCCUAAUUACCUUCACACACAGUGAUCCCUGAAAAUAUUUUUACUACUGUUGUGUUUUUUUAAAAGGAAGCUUAAAGAAAAUCAGUCUGCACUUUUAUGAAUAUCUAGCAGCGAACAAAACUGAAACAGAGUUUGUAUGUUAAUAGCAAGUUGUCUUCUUGUGUCCUGCAGGGUAUCUUGGUUACACAAGCGGCUUCUCUCUGUCCUGCAUGGUCUUCUUCCUUUCUUCGGUAAGACAUCAGAAUGCAUGCCUCAACAGUUUUUGUUAUUGCACUGAUAAAGCUGCAGUUAUGUACUUUGUAAGAGAAGUUUUGGACAAGUUCUGUAUUCAUUUGUCCACGUUACUCAAUAUAGUCCUCUAAAAUUUUACAAACACAAAUGCAAAAUAUAUUUUGUAAUGAUGAUACAAUGGUUUCCAUCACAUUCAGUAAUAUACCCUCGUGCACUGUGGUAAAUAGUGCAUGAUGCAGCUGUUGGAUGCUCUAAAAAUAUCACUUAUACAAACCAUGUUGCCCUGACGAUAAAUAAGGACAAGAACACCCGAAAUCAUCUGCAGCUCAGUGCAGAUUGCUCCAGUUUGUGUCCAUGAUUGAGAUGAGCUGUCAGGAUCUCCACUGCUGUAAAAAGCUGCACUGUCCACAUUCUACUUUCUCAUCAGAGCAGGCUGGCAAAGAGCAGCUUGUUCAGACCAAAAUAAUAAAAAAAGUCUGCCUGAGCGUAGAGCCACAGACAGCCGUAGACUGCUGUAACCCUGCACCUGAUGGUUGGCCACAGGUGCUAGUGAAUUAGGGGUUAUUGUUGCUGUUUUUUUUUCUAUUUAGGCUCAUUUGUAAAGAAAGAGGGGUAAUUUGCUCCAAAUUAAUGCACAACGGCUCAUUCUAAUGAACGUAAACUACACUGGUGCACAGUGACGCUAUUUGCUCUGCAGGAUAGUUUAAGGUGCACUUAACCCAUUGUGCAGGAUUUGUGAAUCAGAUGAUGUCUUUUUGGCUUAUUUACUUCAGUUUUGCAGGUACACAAGUCAUGCAAACCAUUAAGGAUUCAGGCCCCGGGUGUAUGAGCAGGACUGACUAUUACAAAAUUAGAAAAAUAUUCUUCACAUUUUAACUAUAAUGAAAGUAUAAUCAAAAUUAGAGUUGGGCUGUUGAAGAGUGGGCAGUGAUUCACUGGGCAAAAUCAAGUCUGUUUGCACCUUAUUUUCAAGAGUAUGCAAUGAGUGCUUACUGAAGCAACACAAGAGAAGAGUGUUUUUUACACGUUAAGUUCUUUUGUCUUUAUUUGUAAGUUUGUUUUGUCUUCUGUUGAAGAUAAUCUAAAAAAAGGUGAACCCAAAUAUUAUUGUAUUGAGUUUUUAAGCCUCUUAAAUUAUAGACUAUAUAGAUAUAGAUAUUAUAGAUAUUUCUUCAUACUUUCUCCUCUCACUUUUUUAUUAGGUGAUCUACAAAAGAUUCAACAUUGCGUGCCCUCUGGAAGUGUUUGGUAACUACUCUGUGAGCUCCGUAAUCCAAGACGACACGUGCACGGCCAAAUUCUUCACCAUCAACCAAGAGGUCAGAAAUGAAGAACUCCCAUUACACAGACAUAAAAAUUAUAAUCCAAGCUGCUGAAGUUUGGUACUCCAUGUUCAGAGGAGUCAGUGUGCUCAGCACGUGUAUGCUAAAGUGCUAUUUGUGGGUGCAUCGUAUUUCAUGGGGGGUAUUGAGUUCAUGUACUUCCUGGAAUACUACCAAGUGACGUUACUGUAUUACUUGACUUGCAGACAGCGUACACCAUCCCCAUCCUGGCAUUUGCUUUCGUCUGUCACCCUGAAGUGCUUCCCAUCUACACUGAACUGAGCAAGUAAGAUGAACGCAUUACUUCAUGCUUCACAUACAGUACACACCACGCACCUAAACAGUAUGUAUGCAGGGAUCCCCUCAUGCCUUACAGUGAAACGAGAUGCAAAGAAAUGGUUUUAGCGCACCCUCAAUACUGUUUUUUCAGUUGCACUUGCUCUUAUUUUACAUGGUUCCAAAUUACAGAUAUGUUUAGAUACAAGUUACUUUGAUGCCUAUAUGUCUGCCUGUAUAUUUGGCUCAUGUUCCAACAUUGCAAACUAUAAACACUGAAGGACCCCUUGCUAAAAAAGUGAGACAUGUUGAUCGAAAUAAAGACGUGUCUGUAAUGCCUCAGUGACAGCACCACAACACUAUUUCAGAGUGCUUCUCAGUGGAGCUACAGUUAUGACUUGAUCGAGUGAUUUAAGUGGACUGCUCUUGUGGCUCCAGUUUCAAGCACUGGCUGAGAAAUGAUUUAUUAACAACUGUAUGUCCACCUCCACGAGGGUGGAUGGUGAUCAUAGACCGUAUAUAGAGUGGACAGAGUCUGCCUCCUCACUGAGUGAAGCCCCCCCCCCCCCCCCCCCCCGAGAACAGCACCCUCUAGUGACGGGCUGCAGUAGAGGUCAUAAAUCCCGUCAUAAAUCCAUCCUUAUGGAGCUGUGGACAAGAUUUAGGAAUUUAUUACCCACAAAAUAAUUUUUUUCUCCCCCCUGCUUGCUAUGUUGACAUGUAGUUACUGGUUUGUGCUCAAUUCCUCUUUUUUCUGUACAGCCCCAUUUUUUAAAGUUAUUAGCGUCUUUGCGUCCUUGAAAAGCACUUUACAAAUAAAAUGUAUUAUUAUUAUUAUUAUUAUUAUUAUUAUAAUUAUUAUUAUUAGUAGUAGUAGUAUUAGUAGUAGUAGUAUUAGGGGGUUCAUGUUUUCUAUGAUUGACACUUGAUACAGCCUAUGGGUGUACGAAGAUUGUACAGCUCACCUGAGGGAUACGCUCUCAGCGACUCUCCCGCCGAAUGAACUGGCAGCUGCAAUAGGUUAGCAUAUUGUACCCAUCAAAAAGAAUGGUCAAGCUGGUUUCUCUUCUCUAAACACCUCCAUGACUGUCGACAAACGUUGAUAUCCAAAGUCUAGAUCUCCAUCUUUUUUGAUUAAUCAAUUAGUAACUGUCUUUUAGACUUUGACUGCAGUAACAAAACCCAGAUGAAUGAGGGUGGUUCUGAGCUGGAGACACCUGGAUGGACUGAAAUAAAAUUGGCAGUGCCAGCUCAAAAUAUUAAUAGAUACAACUUUGUGAAUAGACACAGGUCUCCAUAGCUGCAGUGAAGAGAUUGGAAAAUUACAGUGUGUAGAAAAAUGCACUCUGGUAGUAUUCAUAUUGAACUGGAAUAACUGGUGACACAAAUGGAGAAGUGUGGAAUUGAAGCCAUAUCUAAGUCUUAAUAUUAUUGUGAUUGUCUAUGCCAACACCAUAAAGGCUUAUAGCAGCACUCUUAUUUACAGUAUGUCUGUCUAUAGUGAGUGUUGUUCCCCAAAUACCUCAUUUAAAAAAAAAAAAAAAAGGAUAACAUCAAACCUUCAGUAAAGUCUGACACUGGAUGUGUAGCUUGUUUUAAAUUGAGGACCACGUCAAUAAUCCUGCCUUUCAUGAGUCUGUACACUGUAUUCGUGAAAUCAUGUUGAAUUUUGUUCCUUCUAAGCCCAACAAAGAGGAGGAUGCAGAACAUUGGCAACGUUUCCAUCUUGGGCAUGUUCGUCAUGUACUUCCUCACGGCCAUCUUUGGAUACCUGACCUUUUAUGGUGAGGAAAUGUCUGUAAAUCAUCUGCAAACAUAGCCCAGUGCACUGAGGAUGAGGUGUCACAGGAUCUAUUUCUGUUUGUGUGCGUGUAGGCAACACUGAGGCAGAGCUCCUUCAUACGUACAGUAAGGUGGACCCUCUGGAUACCCUGAUCCUGUGUGUCCGUCUGGCUGUCCUGGUGGCCGUCACUCUGACUGUCCCUGUGGUCCUGUUUCCUGUAAGAAAACUGUAUUUAACACCUACAAUAAAACAAACAGUUGAAUGUUUACUAAAAACAGCAGCACAUCAGAUCAUCAUGAAUUCUACAUUUUUCUGUAUUUUAGAGCUGCUAAGUACGUCAAAAUGGUGUGAUACUUAAUCAGCAACGUACAUUUUCCCUGUCAGAUCCGUCGCGCCCUCCUGCAGCUGCUCUUCCCUGGGAAACCCUUUCACUGGGUCCGUCACAUUGCCAUCGCUGUGUGUCUGCUGUUCGCUGUCAACCUGCUGGUCAUCCUCGUCCCCAACAUUAGAGACAUCUUUGGAAUUACAGGUACAAUUUUAGUCUUCAAUUAAACAGAGAAAAUAAAAAAAAUAAUGUUUCAAUAGAAGGGGAGGAAGAGUUUGGGAAAACAUGAAAUUCCUUUAGAGCAAAAAUGAAAAAUUAGGGUGUUUUUUUUGUUUUGUUUUUCAAAAAUUAACUAAAUUUGCUGAAGCUUUUUGUGUUACCACAAUAAUAAGUUGCCAUAUUUUAGUAAACAAAUUUUAACCUACUGUAGCGAUUUGUUUUUACGCCCCUAAGAUGAGCUUUGAGCAGUUUGUCUUACACAGGGACAAAACUGUGUAAAUGUACUAUACAAGGUCUUUAACAUUAACAUGCUCAUACAGGUAAGUGGCGAAAUGUGAUGGACCACAGUACAGUACUUUACUGUAGAGACCUUUUGAUUACAGCUGACAUAAUUCUCUCCAAUAAGUUCCUUUGUUUUGCUUUCUCUGUGUCCAGGAGCGACCACUGCUCCCAGUCUGAUCUUCAUCCUUCCAGGGCUCUUUUACAUCCGCAUUGUCCCGACCGACAGAGAGCCCAUGAAAUCCAGACCAAAGAUCCAGGUAAGCCCAUUUCCCUUACACAUUGAGGGAAAACAGUAAAUCAAUGUAAAGACCACCUAGUUUUGAUUCAAUGUUUUGUGUGUUUGUUGUGUUUCCAGGCUGCCUGUUUCACAGCUCUGGGCUUUGUUUUCAUGACCAUGAGUCUCACGUUUAUUGGGCUGGACUGGACGAGUGGGGAAAAGCGAAGUCUUGGCGGUCAUUAAGUCCCAACCCCCCCCAACCCUACAGCGACAGCGGCCCACUGCUGCACCCUACGUCCUCCAGUCCUCUGGACAGGAACCAAGACUCAACCUACUGCUGGACAGCUCGCAGCUUCGGUGGGACUGUUUUUAUUGAUCAUAAGGACAAUUUGUUCCUCCAAAGUGAUGACAGGGGCCCACCCAGGUUGAUAAAAACCAUCAGCAUUCAUCACAUGUGGUGUUCCUUUGUUUUUCAUGAAGAGCCGACCAACACGCCGACUACGGACGCCCCAAAACCCCUCAGCAAUAUGCCUUUACAGAGGCUAGGAGUGGUGUUUAAUACCAGCAAUAAUAAAUGCAAAUUGGACGAAUGUCUGAAUGAAAAGGUUUAAUUAACGGAAAGGUUUGACGGAGUAAGGUUAUUCAUGGUGUGCUUUAAAUUUUGUAUUUAAAAUGGAUUCCAUCAUGGUGUUUAAGUCCAAUUAUUUCUGUUUAAUGACAAGCUGAACUGUGUGAGAAAACUGAACAAAUGAGCACAGAUAAUUCAUUCUAAUUCACAUUUUGUGUAAUUUAUAAAUCUAAGGAGAGUAGCCUAUUUGCCAUAAGAAUUGGCAACCAGCCAAUGAUGUUUACACAACUGUGAGCCAAGUCAUUUGGUGAAAUCAAUUUGUGAAUUUGUUUUUGACAGUAUAUGUGGAUAUUGUUUAAUAAAAUUCACAAAAGAUGAAA